AUGGGCUUGGCAAUGGUUAACCGGAAAUUGGCGAUAUUCGGAGAAUUUAUGGUGAAAUGGGGUGGAACAAUGCUUGUGUCAUUUGUACUCGUCAGCACAUAUUAUUCCUGUGUACAUAUUAUAGCGAAAGACAUGUACGAUAACGAGGCGCAGAUUUUUUGGUUGACAUUGGUUGCAAGAGUCAUCAUUUUGGAAAUCGCCGUCAAUUUGGCCUGUUUUGUUUAUUAUGCACGAUAUAACAGUGUGACCUAUUGGCAUCGAAAGUCGUGUGUAGCUGACCUGAGAGUGUACGCGGAAGACAGUGAAGCGCAACCAGAAAUUGAAUAUGCAUGUGCCCAGCCGAGAGUUGAAGAGCAUCUCAGCUGGGAACCAGCAAAUGAGAGCGGAAGUAAAUUCUGUUUCCAAUGCAAUAAGGAAGCGCCUCAGAGGAGUCAUCACUGUCCAUUGUGCAAAAUGUGUGUUCUCCGGAAAGAUCAUCACUGUUUCAUCACUGGAGCCUGUGUAGGGUUGGGGAAUCAGAGAUACUUCAUGGUCUUUCUGUUCUGGUGCUCAAUUGGUUUGAUAAUUGCAAUGCCUCACUUGUUUUUCUACAUGAAUACUCAAAUUGCGUAUUGGUACCCAUUCGGAUUUCUUCACUACAUUGGACCAGUCGCCGUGCUCCGUUGGAUGUUCGGUUACGUCCCAUUUGCUCACGCAUGCUUCUCAACUCUCUUUUCAUUUGCGGGAGCUUCACUCAUCACUGCGGGCGGCUUUUUUUGCUUGCAGGUUUGGUACACUACUCAAGGAUACACAAUGUACGAAUACAACAAUUUGACGGUUCGGGCAACUUUCCAAGGAGAUGGAGAGAACCUAAAGGAACGGCUGCAAUUAGUUUUCGGCAAGAACUGGGCCCUCAACUUCCUGAUCCCACUUACAUGGAACUUGCCGGUUCUCACUCCAGCCAUUUCCGAUAGUCUUUUCCGCGUGAGGAGCAAAGUUCUGUGA